CAACGCAGAAGAAGGCGACUUCAGGCCUUUCAAAGGCCACACAGAGGGUAUCAUGUGCGUGACUUACUCACCCGAUAGCCAAUGCAUUGCAACGUGCUCUCUGGAUGCAACGGUCCGCAUCUGGGAUGCAAAGUCGGGGAGGCAAGUAGGUGGCGCGAUGAGCGAUCAUACAGGCCAUGUCAACUCCAUCGCCUACUCCCCAGAUGGAAGAUCUCUUGCAUCUACGGGUGAUGAUGCUAUUGUGCGGUUUUGGGAUGUUGAGAACGCUGGAACGGCCUCUGUUCAGGUUCUAGCGCACCAUGAAGGUUUUUUAAUGGCUGUUCGGUAUUCUCCAGACGGACACUUCAUCGCUAGAGGUGGCAAAGACCAGAGACUCGAGAUCUGGGACGCAGCCAGGCUAACGAUGAAGGUCGCGUACGAAGACCAUGAUGGCCUGCUCCGCUCCGUAGCCUGGGAACCAAGCGGCAAAAGAGUGGCGACCGGCUGUGCUGACCGCAAGGUUCGCAUCUUUGACUUGACGAAACCUGACAUCGCAACAUUGCUCAUCGAAGGACACCGAGGCGAGGUCAACACAGUCUCGUACUCUCCAGACGGUUCCUUCCUUGCGAGCGGCUCGGAUGACCGUAGCCUGCGGCUAUGGGAUUCACAGACAGGAAAGGCCGCAAAGAGUCCGUUUCGAGGCCAUAAGGACUGGGUUACCACCGUGGCGUGGUCACCCGAUAGCACGCGCAUCAUCAGUGGCUCCACUGACAAGACAGUUCGCGUCUGGGACGUCAGCAGGGGCCAGACUCUUUUCAAUGGACCGCUUUAUGCACAUUUGGAGAACAUAUGGAGUGUCUCAUAUUCCCCUGACGGAAAGCUCUUUGUGUCGACUGAUUUUGGACAUCAUCCCCGAGUCCAAGUCUGGGAUGCAACGACAGGCAAGGUAUUACUCCCACAGCUUUCUGACGAAGACAAAUCCGCUGUCAACGAACUGAAAGAAAAACUUGACAACCCAGAAAAGCCCCUGAUAUCGGGCGUGGCGGGGAAGAUGCGAGCGGGAGCUGCCAUCUUAGCUUUGGUGUGGUUUCCAGAUGGUGGGCGUAUCGCAAGUGCCGGGGAAGAGCCUCUUGUACGUGUCUGGAGCGUGCAGACCGGCUUACAGGUCGGAGAGAUAUCGGGCCACCAUGGAAUUGUUAACGCACUAUCCAUUUCUGCGGACGGAACAAAGCUUGUGUCGGCAUCAGACGAUCAGACUAUCCUCCUUUCUGACACCCAAUCGAUGCAGCCACUGACUAAGCCUCUCACUAAGCCUCUCACUGGCCAUGAUGGAGCGGUCUACGCUGUCAAACUGUCUCCCGAUGGUUCUAGAGUUUUCAGCGGAAGCAAGGACAAAACAGUGCGUGCUUGGGAUGCGCUCACUGGCAAGGUCCAGCACGUUCUUGUUGCGCAUGGUGACGUUGUUCGCUCGCUCGAUGUGACGAAAGACGGAAGCAAGCUGGCGAGCGGCGGGGACGAUACCUCUAUCUACGUCUGGGACACGCAAACGUAUGAACGACUGGCGGGGCCGUUCAAGCACGAUGGGCCUGUUCGUGCACUCAGCUUUUCUCCCGAUGGUUCGCGUCUCAUAAGCGGCUCAGAUGACUUCACCGCCCGCAUUUGGAACAUCACAACCGGCACCUCAGUGUUGGAUCCUAUCCGUGUCCACACAGGCCCAAUAGGCGCGGUAGACUGGUCGCCAGACGGUACAAAACUGCUGACCGCAGGUGCUCACGACUGGACGAUAUGGUUAUGGGAUGCAUCAACGGGGGAACACCUACUGGGGCCUCUAGAAGACCACGAAAGGGGCAUCCGAGCUGCUGCUUUCUCCCCAGACGGAAAGCGCAUCGCCAGCGGAUCCUUGGAUCACACCCUGCGCGUGUGGGAUACGGCUACGGGCGCGGUUUCUCUACCAGUAGAAGAAGAGCCAAGUGUCGAAGGGACACAAGAUAACUCGCAUGUUGGAGCGGAGACACGUAAACGUGACGGAGUAAGGCGGCAAUCUAGUAUGGAUGACAGUAUCAUGAACAUGCCUGCGACAAUUCGUAAAAAGCAGCCAACCUCAAAGUUCAAGGGCUUUUGGGACGAUGCAGACCUCGAGGGCCCAUCAAGAAGGCAAGGAAAGGGUGGGAGAAAGCAGAAAGAGAAGAACGUUGGCAAACCCAACCACAAAACCAACACGCUCGGACGUCUUUGGCGGCGGCGAAGCAGCCGGAACCUAAAAGAAAGGACUACAAACACUGAUAAUACAGAGCACGCGCUCGCUCGCAUGCCAAGGCGCCGCGCAACCGCAACAAAGGUCCCUACAGCUCGUGACAAGCUGCGCGUGUUGGUCGCAGGAGAUGAUCCACGCGCCAGGCUCCCCUCGCAAGCCGAGCCAGAAUCAGACGAAGAAAGAAACUCGCCAACAGGCUCCAACAGGCCAGACGACAACUCAAGUAGUGACGAUGAAAGUGAACACGGCCUCGUUGAUACCAUAUGCUUCUGCUUGUGUUUGCCAUGUUGUAAGUGAUUCGGGACUUGAGAUGGCGCUAUAAUUCGGACCUUCCCCUUUACUGGCAUCCAUUCGUAUUCUUGAGACUCUACGCGUUGGGUGAUAACUAAGUUGCAGGAAGGGUCAAAGGGGGCUGAGGCACGGAAUAAUAAUUGAUCCUGCAUUCCAUUGUCACUCGCCUCAUCUUGUAUUGACUACACCACUCAACGCAU